CUACUGCUCCUCGAAACCAUGGCUUCCUUGCGGCGGCGACACCACACAUUUGUUCCACAGCCGAGGCACCAAUACCCGGUGCAAUCCAUCCGCGGCUUCAUCCCAUACCGUAACCUAUGCCCCCGGAAGGGACGUGGCUCGGCCACGCGUACAGUCAAACAGGUCCCCCGCCAAGGCAUCGUCUGUUUCUCGCAUGCAGCCCGGAUGCGAGCCGGGACCGCAAUUCCACCAUCUUUCCCUCGGUCCAGUAUAGCCACCACGGCCCACCUUCCGCCGGGCGCAACCCCAACAUCCAGCUUCCCGUUGCACUACGAGGGUCUCCCCACGAGGCCGAAGCCGCAGUGCCGACCGUGUCUUGCAGCAGGCCGUCGAAAGAGCUGCCACACCGGCGCAGCUCCCUCGGUCGCACUGCCACUAACCAGCCCUGAUCCACCAUUGUAGUUCCUCCUCUUGUAGUGUGCUGUUUGUCAAGAGGGCAAAGCGCCUUGCAGGAGAGCCGGCCGCCCGUGUGCCUUCCUUAACGAACCCGUUACUCUCCGUCUCCUCGGUCGAUUAACAACUCUUGCAAUCGGAAUCGUACAACAGCUUUCGCUCCGGUCCUCGUAGCUUCGUCGCACUGGUCGGUCGCGCCGCCAGACUCUUGAUUCCGCUCCACCAGAACCGGGCAGGGCCGGGGGUGCCCUGUCUCUUCUUCAGAACGUCGAAAGAGUCGGGUGGUUUUC